CACACAGCACCUGGGGAAUAAAAAGAAAAUACAAAAAAGAAAAUACAAGAAGGAUAAUUAAAAAUGUUAAGCAUAAGAGGUAAGAAUAUUUUAAUAAUAGCCAUGAUGAAGAUUUUUUUAUUACUUUAAUAUCACAGGAAUGGGUAGAUGUAUUGGAUAUAUAAAUAUAGAGAUUAAAAAUUAAAACUAAGUGACUAAAAAUUCAUUUUAAAAAAUACACAUGAAGGAUCUUUAGUCAUUUUGACCUGAAUGCUUGCUAUGUUUCUUUUCAUAUCUUGUAGCUCUUGACUCAUUGUACAGUGAUGCAUUCUGCAAAAUUCACUGCAUUCUGGCUAACAUUUCUUCCACUUCUUUUUUGUUGCUCCUGGAGAUGUGUGUUGCUCGGACAAGGAUAAGGUUUCUCAUCCUUGUAAUGAUCAUCUAUAAUUCAGGUCGUAGUUGGCCCACUGUGUGUGUGUGUGUGUGUGUGUGUGAAUGAAUCCCCAACCUGUGCCGGACCUGGACACGAGGACGGUCUCUGUGAGCUGCGAGCUGCUCCAUGGCAGAAGAAGUGACGAGACGGCGUCCUCUCAUUGCUGGCCGGGAGAGGGGGCCCGGACCAGGGCACUACGCUCUCCCCCCUACCAUCGGCUACAUAAACCACGACUACACCAAGCCCAGCAGUCCGGCAUACUCCUUCCACCGCCGCAUGAGCAGCAAAAUGCUGUUUGAGGACUGCAGUCCUGGGCCUCAGUACCACGUGGAUGACAAGAUCACUCGCUUCGGAAGAGAUGGCACUCCGUCGUACUCGAUGCUGGGUAGAAAGAAGGUCGGAGCGGAUAAGUUCCAAACUCCCGGCCCAGGAGCCUACAGUCCGGAGAAGGCCCCUCCGCUAAACUGGCAUCGCCGCCCGCCGUCCUACACCAUGGCGUUCCGUACACGCUACAGGAGCGUAGACGCCGUACCUGCCCCCAACCGCUACACCCUGCCCAACCUGUUGGGUUCGCGUAUUCCCAACAAGCCCUCCAGCGCCAGCUACUCCAUGUCCCGCCGCAUGAAACCCGGGGCGCCCUCCGAGGACCUGGCAAUAACACCCGGGCCGGCUCACUACAACAGAACGGACGCGAGCAUCUACAUGAAGAGGCAGCCAUCUUUCUCCAUCCAGAGCCGCCACAACAUCCCCAGCGAUGCCACGUGCAAGCCUGGACCGGGCACUCACCGCCCGGAGAGAGUGACGGCGCACCUGCCCAGGCCGCCAUCUUUCACCAUGGGGGUGCGGCAUUCGGAGUUUGUCACACCUCUAGUCAUCGAUUUAACUGACUGAAAAAAGCUACUUUCUGGAGUCUAUCAACACACAUGGAUGAUGACAUGAUGAGGAAGCAAAUUUUCACUGUUAUUUGUAUUUUCACGUGUAAAUUAUUUAUAUAUUUUAUUCUUUAGUUAUAGAAUAUAGAUAGAUAUAUGACAAUAUUGACAGUUCUUACUGGUUUAGUCAACUUCAGAAUUAUUGGCACCCUAUAACUAUAUAAUAUAUAAUGCGUAAGAUUUUCCCUGGAGAAAAAAUAAGAGCACUUGCUGUCACGUGGUCAAAAGUAACAUGUUUCAGGACACUGAGUGCUAGUGACGUUAUUUUUAUUGACGUAAUUUUGCCGCAUACAUAAUAAGAGGAAAAUUAUUAUUAUCAUUAUUAUUAUUAUUAUUAUUAAAUUUAUACAUAAUAAUUACUUAAAAUAAUAUUAAUAUAAAU